AUGUGGGAUCAGAGAAGCCGCAAAGAGGCCACUUCCUCUCACUCACCCUUCUCCACUUCUCAGGGGACAGCUCCUACUCAUUAUUUCAAGAUCCUUAUCUGCUCCUGCACGUGGGAAACUUCACAGAACUUGCGCCCCCUCGGAGAGGUGGCUGAGGGGCGUGUUCAACAGCCCGCGAUGAAGCUCAUCACCCUGGCCCUGGUGUGCCUGCUGCUAGGAGGGAUGUGUCUGCAGGACGUGAACAGCUGGAGCCUGCAUGUGUCAUCCUCCAAUUGCUGCUUCAGAUUUGUCAAGAAAGCGAUUCCCCUGAAGAAAAUCCAGUGCUACAGAAACUCCAGCUCCUCCUGCUCCCACAGCGACGGGAUAAUAUUCAAGAUGAAAGGAGGCAGAAAGAGCUGUGCCUUGAAGACAGACAAAUGGGUUCUAGAUAACUUACAUAAGAUAGCAACCUGCCUGCCAGGGGAAAUGUGA